CAUAUGCUUUGAGACCUGCUUUAGAUUUUUUUUUUCCUGGAAAUCACAACCCUGAACCUAUCUUAAGAAUUGAAUGUAUUAUAGAACAAACCUAUGUAAGUCAGAAUUAUGCCACCUGACUCCUGAGUACCUGUCAGAUACAGAUAUGCUUGAAGAUAUUUUGCUGGUGAAGCGACUUCCAGUCAUUUGGAAAGGAUGGGAUGAAAAGGAACCUUGGUGAUAAUUUUGAUGUCUGCAAGAUUUAGUACCAGUGUAAUGGGAUUAUCGGUAACACCUUCACUGUAGAAAAAGCCACCUGGCGCUAUAACUGGCAGCAACUGAGAACUAAUCCUUUCCCAUCUCUUGGAUGUCAUUCAUGAAGCUCAAAGCAAUUUCUGCCCUGCUAACUGUGAUUAAUUUUAUAAACAACAACAACAAAAAAUCAGGCCUGUGGUAGCAGAGUCAACAUAGAACUAUGCUUCGUGGCAUUCUGGGAAAAACCUUCCGACUUGUUGGCUAUACUCUUCAGUAUGGCUGUAUAGCUCAUUGUGCUUUUGAAUAUGUUGGUGGUGUUGUAAUGUGUUCAGGACCAUCAAUGGAGCCUACAAUUCAAAAUUCAGAUAUUGUCUUUGCAGAAAAUCUUAGCCGACAUUUUUAUGCUAUUCAAAGAGGUGACAUUGUAAUUGCAAAAAGUCCAAGUGAUCCAAAAUCAAAUAUAUGUAAAAGAGUAAUUGGUUUGGAAGGAGACAAGAUCCUCACUACUAGUUCAUCAAAUUUCUUUAAAAGCCAUAAUUAUGUGCCAACAGGUCAUGUUUGGUUAGAAGGUGAUAAUCUACAAAAUUCUACAGAUUCCCGGUACUAUGGUCCUAUACCUUAUGGACUAAUAAGAGGACGGAUCUUCUUUAAGAUUUGGCCUCUGAGUGAUUUUGGAUUUCUCCGUGACAGCCCAAAUGGACAGAGAUUUUCUGAUGAUUAGCAUUGAUGUAUUCUUUAUAAUUAUCUUUUAUUCGGUUGAAUUUAUUACCGUAGUUUAAGCUGUGAACAUACCAAUAAAUAGUUACUAUUCA